AUGCACAACUACAAACAAACUUACCUCUUCACUCUCCUCCUCACUCUCCUCCUCCUCUUCAUCACCGCCCCUGCCCCCGCGCACGCCAGCCAGGCCACUACCACCUGUCUCCUCAAAGAUACCGUCUCCGAGUUCAACUUCGAGCCCACCGCCAAAGACGCUUCCCGCGCGCUCACCAAGUUCUGGUCAGACUGUACCAGUGGCGCCAUCAAAAAGCCCUUCAUCGCCUCCGGCGACACCCAAUGCAUGCAGCUCACCAACGUCGGCACAGCCAACAUCAGGCUGUGCCCUCCAUCUCUCAAGGACCGCAAUGUCUGGAGGAAUGGCAUAGAGUACAACUGUAACGAGAUCAGGGUAGCCGUUAUGGAAAUUAACGCCUACUGCACAGCUAAUGGGUUGGCUGCGGGGUCGGCGUUGCUGGAGGAUAGGAAGAGGGGGCUCGUGAUUGUGAGGAGAAUGAUCUAG